AUGCUGCUGGCUCUUCUCUUUCCGCUUGCUUCCAUCGUCUACGCGGAUAUUCCGCCUGCUGAACUGCAGAACUUCAGCGCCACCAUUGAUGUUCUUGCUGGCACCUUCGAUGCGGUGAAUUCGAACGAUGGAUUCGCCACGUUGGCAUCGAUUGCGUACACAGGAGAUGGGUCAACUCCGAGAAGCAUGAUGGAGAUUCAAUUUUCCCCGCCCGAAUUUUGUCAAGCUGUGAAGAUUUGCGUCACAGAGAAGGUGAGUUUUGAGAAGACCAAGCCGCUGAAAAUCCAAUCGGAAUUUUGUGAGAAAAAUUGGAUGACAUAUCAACCACCGACGGGGAAGAUCGAGGUGUUUUUCGAUGGAAAUCUGAUGUUUCAAGGGUUUACCGGUGAACUGAAGUGGAAAAAUCGCAAUUUCUCAUAUUCGGAUGGCUUGUUUUGGACCACCAAGUUGUAUGAGACGAAAAGUGCGGUGUUUGGUGAAAAGUUGGCGCAGAAGAUGUUGGUGAUAUUCACCAACAGUCGACAAUGUCAUCCACAAGUUCGGGUUGAUGGGAAAGCGAGUCGAGUGGAUUUUUUGUUGUCGCAGUGAGUUUGGGAGUACUGUAGAUCGCUGCGGGACCCAGUGAGGAGAAUUUUGAUACCAAACAAGCCUUCGAGCGGAGCGAGUGUAUGUCCCUUUAAGUUUAGCUACAGUAUCCCAUGGUUUUUUAAAUUACUGUAGAUCGCUGCGGGACCCAGCGAGGAGAAUUUUGAGACCAAACAAGCCUUCGAGCGCGUUAGCGCGAGUGUAGAUCAAAAUUCCGCAAAAGCGGUUCGAGCGGAGCGAGUGUAUGUCCCUUUAAGUUUAGCUACAGUAACCCAUGUUCCUUUAGAAUACUGUAGCCAAAAAUUUGGGAAUUUGUAGUUCGAGUACUGUAGUUUUAUAUUUAGAGGUAGAUUACUGUAGUUUUCCCAAGUUUUGUAGAGCAAAAAUUACAGUAUAUUUACAAACCAAGCCUAGGAUUACUGUAUUUAUGAAAUUUUGUAGAUGAAAAAAUUACUGUAGCUGAAAAUCCACGUUUUUGGACACCAAAGGGUACUGUAUACCAAAAAUUCAAGAUUUUUUCCAGGAACAUGGGCAACCCUUUGCCCGAAGAAUUCUCACCAAUCCACAAUGGCGCCAAAAUCAAAACCUUCUACACCAACACAGCAGUUCAGAACUCAGCACGGACCAUCGACUAUUUUCCGCAACUCAAAGCUCAUAGCUCCAUCAAAACCGCGCAAGGUCAAAUCGAAUUUCGAACAAGUCUGGCGGGUGGUCCGAGUUCCCGUAUCUCUCAAAUCUCCGUCAUCGAAGUCGACAAGAAAAUCAAUCAGAAUCUGGGAGCCGGCGAUUUGCGCGAGGAUAAAAUAUCGAUUGAUUUGAGCGAUUGUCAUUGGUUGAGAUUGUGGUUUGUGGCCAAAGCGGAUGCCACGUGGCAAAACUAUAAUGUGGAUUUUGAGCCGGCGAAUUCGAUUGAUUUUUUCUUGAAUGAGGGAUUUGUGAUGUUGCCGGAUAGGGGUAGGUUACUGUAGCUGAAAAUCUACGAUUUUUGAAACCAAGCGAGCCUAGGUUUACUGUAGAUUUUAGGCCAAAAAUUCGAAUUUUUCAAAAAUUUCUAGAUCAAGGAUUACUGUAGUUGAAAAUCCACGUUUUUUGACACCAAACAAGCCCAGGGUUACUGUAGUUCAAAUUCUGUAGAUCAAGGAUUACUGUAGCUGAAAAUCCACGUUUUUUGACACCGAACAAGCCCAGGGUUACUGUAGUUCAAAUUUUGCUGCCAAAUUUUGUAGAUCAAGGAUUACUGUAUCUGAAAAUCCACGUUUUUGGACACCAAGCGAGCCUAGAGUUACUGUAGAUUUUGGGCCAAAAAUUCGAAUUUUUCAAAAAUUUCUAGAUCAAGGAUUACUGUAGCUGAAAAUCCACGUUUUUUGACACCAAACAAGUCUAGGGUUACUGUACAUCGCACUAUUUUUGUGGAAACUUCAAAAAUUCAAAAAUUUUUAGGGUUACUCCGAGCAUUGCUCAUAUUAGGCCACAAAACAUGAAUUUUUCCCAUAUAACAUGAGCAAUGCUCGAAAUUUUGCAGAAAACGCUGCAAUGCUUCCAACUUCUUCAAAAAUCUCUCAAAUCCACCUAAAAUCGCACGGAAACGAGUUAGUCGAACUUCUCAUCGGCUCCAAAUCGAUGCUCCAUCCGAUAACCUUCAAAACCCCGAUGCUCAACUCGGCCGACUUCAAAAUUUUCCUGAUUCGCGCUCCGAAAUGCGACGCCGUCUUCCGGAUGACGCCCAAAUUCACUCGCGGAAAUUUGAAGAUUUUCAACAAUUUCCAACUUUCUGGCGCCAAAAUUUAUGCGAUUCAGAAGAAUUAG